AUGCCAAUUACUUCAGCAUGCGAGCAGAGCGAACCCAAAUAUGAAACGUACGAAAUCUCAUCAUCACCACAACCCCCACCUCCCGACGAGGAAGAAGAUGUCGGCCAUCCCGAAGGAGGGUGGAAAGCCUGGUCCGUCGUCCUUGGAGCAUGGUGUGCGAUGAUCCCAGCAAUGGGGCUCCUGAAUACCCUCGGAGUAUUGCAUGCAUGGAUUAGCACGCAUCAAUUGCAGAACUAUUCCGAAUCGAGCAUUGGGUGGAUUUUUGGCGCUUAUGGCUUUUUUCUUUACUUGGCAGGGGCUCAAGCUGGGCCCGUCUUUGAUACCUAUGGUUCUAAUCAUGUCGUCAUUCCUGGAUCCAUUGGGAUCGUUGCUUCAUUGGUUUGCUUGAGUUUUAGUGAAGAAUAUUACCAGAUAUUCUUGUCUUUUAGUGUGCUAGGUGGCCUUUCCGCUUGCACGUUAUUCACACCAUCAAUCUCUGCAGUUGGUCACUGGUUCAAUGUCCGUCGAGGAUAUGCUACAGGUAUUGCCUGUACAGCCGGAGGAAUCGGAGGAGUCGUUUUCUCUCUGAUCAUUCUCUUCGCCGCGCCCAAGAUCGGGUUCUCUUGGGCCAUACGCGUCAUUGCACUUCUCUCCGCAGUGAUGUGUACAGCAGCCUGCAUGCUUCUCAAGACCAGAGUCCCCGGUAAUAUCAAAGCGGGAGCAUCUAUCGAUUUUCGAGCCCUCAAGGACCCCAACUACGCCUUUACAACAGUCGCGGUCUUCCUAGUCGAAUUCGCGGUGUUCAUUCCUUACACCUACAUUGCGUCUUACGCUGUAGAUUCCGGUGUGGGGGAUAGGCUCUCCUACCUCUUGAUCGUAUUCCUGAACCUCGGCGCCAUCCCAGGCCGCUUCCUGCCUGGCCUGAUAGCAGACAGAAUCGGGCGGUUCAACGUGAUGGUCUUGACAUCAUUUAUCUGCACCAUUCUGACUCUAGCGCUCUGGCUUAGAGCCGGUGAUAACCUGGCUGCGAUCAUUUGCUACGCUGUGUUCUUUGGAUUCUGGAGUGGAGCUGCCAUCAGUUUGACGCCAGUGUGCAUUUCUCAGGUCUGUACCACUGGUGACAUUGGGAAGAGAAUGGGGACCACUUAUACGAUCAGCAGUAUUGGAACCCUUACGGGGAUCCCGAUUGCAGGGGCAAUUCAGCAGCGAGAUCGAGGAGGGUAUAAUGGGUUGAUUAUCUUCGGCGGAGUCCUUUAUCUUGUUGCGGCUAUUGCGUUUGUGUUGGCCAGGGGGGUUUGUCGAGGGUGGUCUUUGAAAACCAAGUUUUAG